AUGGAUUUCUAUUCGCGUGCACCCGUGGAGUCUCUCAUUAGACAAUUAGGAAAAAAUCGGUGGUGGGGCGACGCGUUGUUCGCGCAUCGUAUGCGUUUGCUGCCACAGUCACUAGCAGCGGCACUCUAUCGCCAUCCGGUGCCUUAUGCCGCUAUGAGUCGUAGAACGAGUUCAGGAUUGGCAAUGGAGGAACCAUCGUUUCGUCCAAAAAAGGUCCUCAUCUUGAGUAAAAUUACACGAUACGAAUUCGAGAAACGAGUCGGCUGGCGAGCUGGUGUGGAAUCUAGAGUUGUUCAAAGAUUCGACUACACAGAAGAAGCCAUCAAAUGGGCAGACGCUGUGAUGACCGCUGGUGGUGAUGGAACGUAUUUCAUUGUCCUUUUGAGAUCAGAAGGAUAUAUGUGCCUAAUGCGAAAAUUACCUAAGGAACAUUUUCGAUCGGCUCUGCAGCGAUUGCUCGACGGGGAUUUCCAGUGGCUUUAUCGUCAGCGUCUUCGAAUAACUCUGAGUGGAGAUAGACAAGCUGGUGUCGGCGAUUCAAUUGAACUUCACGAUCAACAAUUGAAUCGCAUGCCGGCCACCACGCGAUGGAUGGACAGUCACAUAACAGCAUCGUCUUCCGUAUACCAUGCCACUCAAGCAGCGAGUCCUGCCAAGGAAGAAGUUUUGUAUAGCGUGCAAAAAGCAAAGAAGCGUUUACAUUCACCACCUGAGAGAGUUACGAUACAGUUACCAGUUCUUGCUCUCAAUGAAGUUUUUAUUGGUGAAAGCCUUUCGUCGCGGGUAUCAUAUUAUGAAAUACAGAUCGAUAAUGGAAUGAUGGUCAAGCAGAAAAGCAGUGGUAUUGCCAUCUGUACAGGUAUCAAUAUGAAGUUGAUGUGA